AUGGAAUCUUCUGAAUUGAACAAUUCAACACGACAAAUGAUGUUAUUACGUCUUCCACCUGAAAUAUUAGGGAAAAUAUUUCUUUUAACAACUCUUCAAACACGUACAAAAACGAUCGCAAGCGUUUGUAAAUCAUUAAAUUAUUUCAUAUUUAAUCAUGAUAUUUUAUGGUCAAGGCUAAAUUUAAAUACACUCGCAAAUAUCUCUGAUGAAACAAUUCCACCUAUGUUUAACACCCACUUACGUCAAGAAACGAAAAUUUAUAUCAGAGAACUAUAUUUAAACGAUGUAAAGAUUACAACUAAAGGUCUAA